CAAAAGCACUCUAAAUCCUAGAAAUAUUUGUGAAAAUUAUCCUAUUAUCGGUUUCUGUAACAUUUGUGUGUGUGUUAGGUAAUAUCCUACUUCUGUUUCUUCUCCCUCGCUUUCCCAACUUCAAAAAUCAGGGACUCAAUAAUGUCUAUGUUAAGGGUUUCUCAUCUUCCGCCAUUCUCGACUCCAGCUCUCUUCGCACCCAGACUCUAUCGCCUUCCAAUUUUCACUUCCUUUUCACCGUCAAAACUUCGCCAAAUCUCUUCAUUUCCAUCUAUAUUCCCCAGAACCCUUAAACCCUCUUCAUCUUCAUCCCAAUCUUCUUUCAUCUUCAACCGCGUCUUGGCUAUGGCGGCACGUUCAUGUUUCAGAGCCGCAGCAGCUUCGUUUAGUGCUGAAAGUGGCUCGAGUAGUGAAAGGGAAAUACUGGUGCAGCAUUUACUUGUUAAAGAAAAUGAUCUCAAUCUUCUUUUGGAUCUUCAGCAGAGAGUUGUACGAGGUGAGGACCUAAGUGAUCUUGCUGUCGAAUUCUCAUUAUGUCCAUCAAAGAAAGAAGGGGGAAUGCUUGGGUGGGUUAGAAAGGGUCAAAUGGUACCUGAAUUUGAGGAGGCUGCUUUUAAUGCUCCAUUGAACAAGGUUGUUAGGUGUAAGACACAGUUUGGAUGGCAUUUGUUGCAAGUCCUUUCAGAGAGGGAAGAAUCAAUACUUCAAGAAAUUCCUCCUGAAGAGCUCCACCUCAAAAUGCAAGAUCCUAGUUUCCUUGAAGAUGCACAAUUGAUUGAUGUUCGUGAACCUGAAGAAGUGGCUCAGGCAUCUUUGCCAGGUUUUCAGGUUCUUCCCCUUCAACAAUUUGGAAGCUGGGGACCUGAGAUAACUGCUAAAUUUGAUCCUCAAAAGGAUACCUAUGUUCUGUGUCAUCAUGGAAUGCGGUCAUUACAGGUUUCCAAGUGGCUGCAGACACAGGGUUUUAGGAGAUUAUUCAAUGUGUCAGGAGGAAUUCAUGCAUAUGCUCUGAAAGCCGAUCAAACAAUUCCUACCUAUUGAUUUGUUUGUUAUGCAGGCACUUAACAAACAUUGAGCGAUGACAAUCUAGAAAUAAUUAAGGUUAGCAGGCAGUGCUUGAUGAUUCUGUUUAACAUUAGUUUAGUUUAUUCAUAUGUGGAUGAUACUUGAGCUUUCACCACUUUUUUCACAUGUAAGUGUGUUUUAGAAUAACUUAUAUUGAAUUGGAAUAUAUAUAUUACAAGUAUUCAGUAAUGUUUGGUGUUGGAAUAUAGUACUUUCCCUCAUAAAA